UUGUGAGGAGAAAACCGAUCAGCUGAUCGGGAGAAUCCUCCUGUCGAGCCUCAGCCUUGAGAGCAUCUUGACUGUUGAUUGAUAAAACUUAUAUUUGUAAGAUUUGCUCAGCUGUAUUUUUAGGCGUCGUGUGUCAUCAUCAGGAAAGAAAAAAACAUGGACGUUCUGAAGCCACCAAUUCUAAACAUUGAUGGCCGUUGCUAUCGUUUGAAUCCGGUGCAGAGGCCCUCUGAGUGGGUGGAGCAUGAAGAUGAAAUGGAGGGGUACGACGAAAUGUAUGAUGAUGAGUACAAUGAGGAAAGUUGUGAACUUCUAGACAUAAAAGAGACGGACAAAGGUUACACCCUGAACCUUGAGAUCCCCAGCGGUUUCUUCGGUCACAUCAUCGGGAAGAACAAAGAGACAAAGAAGAAGAUUGAGCGAGAGACUAAGACGCAGAUUGUCUUCCCUAAGGCGCAUAGUGAUGAGGAUUUGAUAGUUAUUCGUGGAGAGCAGAAGUCAGGGAUCAUCUCGGCCAAAACAAGAAUUGACGUGAUUGUUUCAUCUGCCAGACAGAGGGAGCCAUUCACUCACUUCCUGUCUAUGCCGUUCAACAGCGCCCCCACACAAAACAAGUUGCGCGAGUUCACGGAGGAUGUGUUGAGAGACAGGAGAGGGGAUGAAGGACUGGAUGUAAGUUUAUUCCAGAAGCCGGCAAAGUUACAUCUCACUCUUGGAACACUCGUCCUCAUGUCAAGAAAAGAAGUGGCUCAGGCGCAAGAACUUCUUGAACAGUGUAAACAAGAUGUAAUCAAUCCAAUCCUUCAAGACUCGUUUCUAUUGGUCAAUCUGAGAGGCUUGGAAUACAUGAAUGAUGAUCCCGGCAAAGUUGAUGUGCUGUACGCCAAGGCAGAACUUAAAGAUGGAUCAAACAAACUGCAGCUCAUCUGUGACAGUGUUGCAGAGAGCUUCACCAGGGCAGGGCUGAUGCAGAAGGAGUAUGAGCGGGUCAAAGUUCACAUCACUCUCAUCAACACGAUCUUCAGGAAAGAGCCGGACGCUGAGGAUGGGUCAAGAAGGGGCAAGGGAAAACGAGAUGGAGAAGGAGACAGGGUUAGGGAGUCCAUUGAUGCAAGCAGAAUACUUCAGGAGUUUGGGGACUACUCGUUUGGGGACUGCCUAGUCAAUACAAUCCAUAUAUCGCAGCGAGGCUCAUAUGGGGUAGAUGGUUAUUAUCUACCUGUUGGAUCUGUAACACUGCCAUGAUGAUGCAAACAUUUUAAUGGACAAUUGGACAUAGGUCUUUUAGUAAUGGAUAACGUGGCUACUGCAUCACUGGGCAUGUUUGGGCAGCGACCAUUUGUCAACCACAAGUCAAUGUUCCAUGGUGUACCUGCAUGCAAUACAUCAUGGGUACCAGGCAAAGUCGCCCAAUGGUCGACAAUAGUCUCUUGCUCGAACUCGAUCAUUGCUGAAGGAAUUCCAUAAACGCUACCUUGGUGUCGAACUAUCUGAUGAUGGACAAUAAUAUGAGAAAACAAGAAUGCUAUGUAAUGAGUUCCUUUUGACAUUUUUUAUUGCCAAGUGGCUAGGUCUCAGGUGAUUUUUUGUUGGAAUAAAUUACCUUUAUGGGCUUUGAGGCAUUGCAUGGUGAGGUAUCAAUGUAUACUUGGUUUACGUUUUCUACACCACUUGUACAUCUACUUGCUGGAUAGACAAUGUUCUUUUGAGAACUUGUAUUGCUAUUUUAUAUUCUACUACUGUAUGCGGAGUAGAUUUUGGGGAAUUUUUGAGACAUCUCAAUUCUGAAAAGAACUGUCCUGCUUUUCUACUACCUCGGCUGAAGGUAGGAAAUCAGUCGGGACAACUACUUUCUCUUAGUGGAGUGAGGGGACUUCUAGUCAUUAACUUCACUGCCGCCGAGUGAGUUCUUAAUUGGUCUUUUAAAAAUGUGUGUUUACAAACAAACUUUUCAAAACAGCCUGAUGUCGUGAUUGAGGGUUUGGAAACAACAAAACAGAUGGACAUAAUACACUACACAGCAGAUCUAUUGCACUAAUCUACAGCAAGCUGCAAGUUAUAUUAAUUUAUUUCAUGAUAUACUCUGAGUACGUUUUAAGUAUGAUUUCACAAUGAUUUUUGAAUGAGGGACACAAGGAAUCGGGACUGUGCAAGUCUCCAGAGUAUUCAAACUUCCAGGACCAAAUUGGUCUGUUUGUUUGCUUGUUUGUUUGCUCGUUUGUUGAGAUGAUCUUCCCAUCAAGGGAACUCGUCAAACUCCCACACAGGGAUAUAAACACCAAGCUGGCAACAGCCAAUCUCUCCUACAAAGAUCGGUUUAACGUCAAUGAUUAUGAAUUGCACAAAUCAAGAAAUUGUGAUUCAGUAACUAGACUACAAUACUUAUUCUAGUCAUUGUGAAAUUAGUGGUGAGCAUUGGGGAUUCCAACCCACAGAACCUUGUAAUUGCAACCACUGGACCAUUCUGUUUCUCCUAUAUCUUCAGUUAAACAGAGUUUAUGGCUAUAGAAAUUACAUUGCAUUGUUGUGAAAAUGAACCUUCAGCCAUGAAAUAUAUCAAAGUAAAAAAGUUUUCAAUAAAUCAUUAAAGAAACAUGAGAAUAACACUUGACCUACAAUGUUUCAUUCAAUGUUAUCAUUAAACCUAUUAAAUGGUCACAGAAGGUCAGGGGUGACUGGGUUUCUAAAAAGACACCAUUCUCGUCCCAAGUUAUUAUCUUGUAACAUUAUAAAAUUAAGAAUUUUUUUUUCUCGUUUUUGAUAUUGGGGAGACUUGCACAGUCUAUUGCUGAUUAUCAUAUACGAAUAACAGUUCUGAAACUGAACAAGUUUACACAUACACUUGUCAUGCAUAGUAUAGAAUGUACCUUUUUAUUCAAGGUUGAUUUGAUACCAAGGUUGCCAUUAAGAACCUUCACUGUAUCAAUGAAAAUUACGAAUAGUCAACAGGCUUCUUUUCAAGUUCCUUCUGCGAAGUUGCCCAACCCCCUAAAAAAAUCCUUACCAAUAUUUACCACUGUUCAAAAUAUAUAGCGGAAUUACACAGCAUCGAAUUUCUUUCUUAUUUUUGGUAAAAUAAAAUAAAAACAAAUGAACUAGCUUGGCCAGAUUUAGAUCUUCGGUCCCAAAGAAUCCUUUGUAGGCAAGUACAAAGACGGAUACAAUAAAAGUUAUAUGUGAAAGUUUCAACUAAAAAAAGUGUCUACUGAAAACAUUACAAAAAAAAACUACAGUAUAAAGGCAAGCAUUUAUAAUUAAAGAAAACUUGAUUUGAUCAAGUUAUACAAUG